AUGGCCGAUACCGAAGAGAAAAAGACUAUCCAAAAGGAAGAGCAGCAAGAAGAGGUUGAGCCCUCCCCCGAUGUCCAUUUUGAACCCGUUGUCAAGUUGGAUCAAGUCCAAGUCAAGACCUUUGAAGAAGAUGAGGAUGUCUUGUUCAAGAUGCGUGCCAAGCUCUUCCGAUAUGACAAGCAACUCAAGGAGUGGAAGGAACGUGGUACUGGUGAUGUCAAGUUCUUGCAGCACAAGGAAAGCAAGAAGAUCCGUUUGCUGAUGCGUCGUGAUAAGACUCACAAGGUGUGCGCCAACCACUAUGUGACCAGUGAGAUGUCCCUUGCACCCAACGUUGGUUCUGACCGCUCAUGGGUUUGGAACGUCCUUGCUGAUGUGUCUGACGGUGAGGCCAAGGCCGAGACUCUUGCCAUCCGUUUUGCCAACUCUGAGAAUGCCAACAUUUUCAAGGAGAAGUUUGAAGAGGUUCAAAAGGAGAAUGUCAAGCUUGGUGAAGGUGAAAAGAAGGCUGAUGAUGAUAAGGAAAAGAAGGAAGAGGACAAGAAGCAAGAUGCUUAA